AUCGGACAUUAUUCCCUCGCUACGAGACUGACGAUUGCAUUUAAAGGUGUCUCGGUGUAAUGCGAAGGAGAGGGUCCAACAAGCUCACACUCAGAACUUUCGGUAGAUUUUAUGUGCAGAGCUUCGGGUGCUGGUUAGAGGGAGAAAAGUGAGCUUUGAAUUGGCCUGUAAAGGUUAAACGAUUGGCCUUUCAUAUUCCUGCCAACUUCGACCUGCACGUGGAUGUGAAUUCCGCUGCUCCAUGUGGCUCAGACAUUCCCUUUUUCUUUCUUGUGCAAACAGUUGGAAGUGCGAGGAAUUUGAAGCAAAGCGGUCGUACAUGUAGAUCAGAUCAUAUAGUUCAUUUAGGUUGGUGUUUGGUUUCGAUUCGAGCUGGGGCGUUGCUGUUGCUCAGUUUCCUUGGAGGUCCAGUUUUGGAGGUGCCAAUUCAUGACCACCGAGUUUAGGGUGGAAUGUUCAGGUAGAAGAAUCGAAUGUGUUUGCCUGGGAUGCGUCCGUAUACUGUCGCAUGCACGUGAGAUUGUGGUGUUUGGAUUAGUUAUGAACCAGAUACAUCGAGUUUGUGCUCGUUGAAUGCUUUUUAGCUCUUUAUUGGAGAUAUGUGUUACGGUGAGGGUUCACGUUGACGUUAUUUGCUGAGAGUCGAUAGCUUCGUGAGGGUGAGUAGUUGCGAGAUGGGUGCGAGAGCAAUAGAGAGAAAGGGCGCAUGUAAGGUGAAGGUGAAGGUGAAAAAGCCUCAAGAGGGCAGGUACAGGGGAGUGAGGAGAAGGCCUUGGGGUAGGUACGCUGCGGAGAUCAGAGACCCGCAUACGAGGGAGAGGCGAUGGCUAGGAACGUUUGAUACCGCAGAGCAAGCUGCAGUUGCGUACGAUUUGGCUGCCAGAUCCAUGCGGGGAUUGAAAGCAAAGACUAAUUUUGUUUACCCAACGCACCAGACAUGUUUAAUGUCAGCAGCGUUGGCUGCGUCCAGAGCCUCGGAGCAAUCAGAAGGGGGAGGCUUCUUCGGAAGCGUGAGUGGUGGCAGAAAGGAUCGGAAUUUAGUCGGAAGCAGAGCUUUGGUGUCUGGUGGGCCAACUAACGGUGCUGCAGUCUCUAACCUCAACUUCAUGCUUGGGCCCAGGGAGUCUUUGCUGAACCCCUACAGUGAACUAGCUUACAGGCACAUGUAUGAAUCCGUAGAGAGACUUGCAAGCGCCAUCAGUGAUCCUCGACCAAGGCGAUCGCCACAUGAAAAUGGCAGCCUGUCAGAAAGCUGUGCCAGCGGGAAGACGAUUGACGUCCGGAAAGGCUUUGGGGAAAAACAGCAUUUGGCGGUGUACGAUGUUCAAGAGUCUGUUUGCUGUCAAACGUCAGAGCGAGGUGCUGUUGAGAGCUCUGUGUUGCACACAGGCAGUGAUUGUGUCACAGUUUCAGUACCAUCUCCUGAGGCCAUUUGCAUCGGUGACGAACCUAGUUCAUGUCAUGUGGUGAAGGUACCCAACGAGUCGACCUUUACCGAGAGUGUUGGCCCACUUCGAAGCGGUGACAAUGAGCACUUCACUUCCCGCACCUCUGGCCCGUCGAGGUUUCAUGAAGAUGGUGUGGGUAGUCUUGCACAAGUAGUCUCGAAGUUUGUGUGCAUUGAGCAAGGACAUGUCACUGGUAGUUCUAGUUCGCACACCAUCAGCCUCAUUGAUUCCAGCCAGUGUUUCGUAUCAACCCAAGCCUCUAACUCUGAAGACUUAUCGACCUCAUCCGUGUCUCCCUCUAUUGACACAGCCACUUCGCCAAAUUCCGUACGGUUCCUUUCCGUUUCAGUCGGGUCUUCAGAUCCACCAUCUGCAGCGGAGAUGAUAUAUUGCAGCACUCCGAUCUUCAAUCAAAACCCUGAUGAUUUGCAGAAUAUUUUGAUUCCCUGUGCCAGUUCGUCGCUGCUCAACAAGCUGCAUCAGUCAGGCGGGCCGCGCAGUAACGUUUCAUCCCAAUCUAUCAUGACCCGGCACGACACAUGGAAUGGGAUUUGUUGUGAAACUUCGGAAAGCUGGAGCAGUUUGUGCGAGCUCCCGGCUGCUUGGCAAUACUACACCGAUCCCGGAAUGGUGGCGAAUGAUAUGGAGUAUGAGUUAAUUGACGUUACGCGUGAGCUUGCCAUGCGGAAGUCCGUUGCCUGCCAAAGUUGUCAGGAUGAUGGGUGUGAAGAGUGCUUUAUGAACGGGGAUUGGCAGUUCCUUCACUGUGACGCUGCAGAUUCGCUAAUCUCUUGUGUAUCGAAUAUCGGAGGUGAUGAGUAUUUAUGUAACGAUAUUUAUUCCAACCACGGAAUUCAUGCUGAUUCUUUGAGCCAAGCAUUGUGCAAUGAGCAUCAGUCCUUCGCAGUUCUGGCGGAGGAGCCUUUGAUCCUUCACAUUCCAGACAUCUAAUCAUCCAGCUGUUUGUUAAUAGUGAGUAGGGUUCUCUCCAAGCCAGACCUCUAUCCUCUAUAUCUGUGUAGAUUUGUGUAAACUCUUCACGGAUUUUCCAGUGUACACAUGAGUUUCAGGAAGAGUGACAAGAGGAGUGAUCUUGUCAAUGUACAUAUUGUAAAGAAGUACUACUUACACACGUAUUAUUGAUUCAAAAAAUUUCAAAGA